AUGAGUAAGAGAAAGAUAGUUGGAACCAAACCAUCAUCGUCAAUGUGUAAAAAUAGUCAAAGUAAUAACACCAUCAGUUCUACUACUACUGAUGAUGAUAGUCAUCAAGAGACGUCAUCAUCAUCAUCUUUAAAGGAACAGGUCAAAGAGAUACAAGAGACAAGAGAAUCUUUGGACCCUGUUCUUAGUUUUGAAGAAGCAAGAGAUUUGGAAUUCUCAACAAUAUGGGUAACAAAUGUUGAUCCUAAAUUGGCGAGUAGUUUAAAUAGUCAAUUAUCUAAAUACAUACAAACCAAUCAUGUCUACAAAGACAUUCAAGAGAACUUUGGACACAUUAAAAAGCUUAGAAAGAUGACAAAGGACAACAAGACAUACCUAGAGGUAUUCCUUUGUACCGUUGAAAACUAUCCUCAUUUAAUUCAAGAUAUUGAUGAGAAUAGAUAUUCUGAUGAUAAUGCAAAUACUGAUGCUGCAUCUUCAUCUUCAUCUACUUCAUCUAUUUCAUCCAUUUCAUCAUCGUCAUCUGAUUUACUCCAUAAAUACGAUGAAACAGAUUAUCAAUCAUUCAUUGUUCAAUUUUUAAGAAUCAAUAAUCUAAACAAACCAUACAAGGUUGACAUACCAAAAUAUGCACCUUUACAUCUAAGUCAAUGUCCAAAAUGGAAUGCUAUUUGGCCAUGUACAUAUAAAUAUCAUCCUUUUUCAACACCAUUGGUAGAAAACUUGGAAGAUAGAGAAAUAAGACCAAUGAAACAAUAUAUGAAGUUGGCAAUCGAACAGGCCAACAUUGCAAAAAGUAAGGGUUAUAGACCUAUUGGUGGUGUAUUGGUUGAUCCCAAUACAAAUACAACCAUUAUAUCAUCACAUGAUAGUAUACCCAUCGAUCCACAACAACAACUACUACAAAACAACAAUCAAGAUACCAAACCAAAACCACUACUAUCUAGGUUCCUUUCACAUUGUACAAUGAAUAUUUUACAUGAAUUGUCUCAACUUCAUAGAGAACUUUAUGGAAAACCAAAUAUUAAUAAUAAUAAUAGUAAUAAUCGACAACAACAACAACAACCAGACAAUAUUGUAAAAAAGGAUGAAAAAGUAGAACAAGCAGAAGAGGAUGAUGAAGAAGAAGAAGAGGAAGAAGAACAAUAUUUAGCCAAUUCAUAUCAUUUAUAUCUUAGUAGAGAACCUUGUGUAAUGUGUUCAAUGGCAUUGGUUCAUAGUCGUAUUGAAAGAGUUAUUUAUGGAUCACAACAACAUAAUGGUGGAGGAUUGGGUAGUUGUUUUAGAAUACAUACUGAAAAAUCAGUCAACCAUAAAUUCCAAGUUUACAGAGGUUUAAUGGAAAAGGAAUGUUUGGAAUUAUUUAGUCCAGUAGUAGCAGUAGAAGAAAAUGGAAACCAACAACAAGAAACAACCAAAGUACUAGCAGAUGAAAAUAUAAAAAUGGCGUUAUCAACCUUAAAGUUCUGUUUCUUGAAGAUACGUCUUCCACACUCGAGAGAGAUGGUUGAUUAA